AUGGGUCCAAAGAGUAUCCAGGUAAGCAUUAAUAGCAUUCAGUAGAUGAGCAGCUUGAGCAAAAUUUAGAAGCGCAAGAAACACAUUCCAUGUUUUAGUUUUCAUAUGUUCCACUAGAACAAGAUUGGACACAGUUAUAGCUAUUCUGAUCAAAAUAAAAUGGAUAUUUACAUCCAAGGCACUCAAAGUUUUUAUCGCUAGAGCAAUCUUAGCAUACCUAGCUACAUUAACUAACACUAUCUUUUUGACCAAAAGAAAUAAAAGUUAUAUUUAGUAUUAAGUGAAUAAUUAUCAAAAUCUUCUACUUCAUCAACUUUUAAAUAUUUUUUUGUGUGCUUGAUUGUAAUCUUUCGUUUGUUAUCUAUAUUCUUAUUAUACAACUUUUCCAAAAUAAACAAGUAAAUUUAAACACAAUGA